AUGGAUGCAACAUUCUUCAUAGCCCUUGUAGUUGGCCUUCUAUUUGUUUUAUCUUCAAGAACAAAAGCAGAAACUCAAUAUCAUGAUUUUGUUGUUCAAGAAACACCCGUGAAAAGACUUUGCAGAACAAAGAAUAUUAUUACAGUUAAUGGUCAGUUCCCAGGUCCAACGUUAGAGGUUAGGGAUGAAGACACACUUGUUGUCAAUGUCUUGAACAAUGCUCGUUACAAUAUCACGAUCCAUUGGCAUGGGAUUCUUCAGAUUGGGACACCAUGGGCAGAUGGUCCAGACCGGGUCACACAAUGUCCAAUACAGCCAGGAGCUAGUUAUACGUACCGGUUCACUAUUAUUAAGCAGGAGGGGACAUUAUGGUGGCAUGCUCAUAGCCAAUGGCUAAGAGCUACAGUCUAUGGAGCUCUCAUCAUUUAUCCGAAACUUGGAUCAUCUUACCCUUACCCACUGCCUAAACUAGAAAUACCGAUUCUUCUUGGACAAUGGUGGAAUCUUGAUAUUAUCAGUAUCCUUAACCAGGCAACAUUUUCUGGAGGAGCUCCAAAUAUUUCCAAUGCAUAUACAAUCAACGGGCAACCUGGCGACCUCUACAGAUGCUCUAACAAAGAUACAAUGAAGUUUUAUGUAGAAAGUGGCGAUAGAGUUCUGAUGAGGGUCAUCAACUCGGCCCUGAACCAACAGCUCUUUUUUACAAUCGCGAACCACCAACUAACUGUCGUUGCAGCUGAUGCACUCUACACCAAGCCAUUCACCACCACAACUCUAAUGCUUGGGCCUGGUCAAACAACCGAUGUUAUUCUAGUUGCGGACCAGGAUCCAAGAUACUACUAUAUAGCAGCCCGUGCAUAUGAAAGUGCUCAAAAUGCACCAUUCGACCAGACUACAACCACUGCCAUCCUUGCAUACAAAUAUGCACCUUGCAGUGGCCAAAUGGGAACCUCAUUUAAGCCAAUCUUACCAAAUUUACCAUCUUACAAUGAUACAGCCACUGUAACCACAUUCACCAGCCAGUUAAAGAGUCCUUCCAAAGUUAAAGUUCCUACUAAUAUAACUGAAGACCUGUUUUUUGUAAUCGGGUUAGGCCUUGUGAACUGCAACCCUGGACCAACUUGCCAAGGCCCAAAUAACACCAGGUUUGCUGCUAGCAUGAACAACAUAUCGUUUGUAUUACCACAAACAACUUCGUUAUUACAAGCUCAUUACCAAAAGAUACCAAAUGUGUUCACCACGGACUUCCCUCCAGUUCCACCUCUGCGUUUCAACUACACUGGGAAUGUUCCCCGUGCACUUUGGCAGCCCGUUUCUGGGACUAAACUCUACAAACUAAAAUUUGGGUCUCAAGUACAAAUCGUGUUACAAGGCACUGCUAUCGUCUCAACUGAAGAUCACCCGGUUCAUCUUCAUGGACACGAAUUCUACAUUGUGGGUCAAGGUUUUGGCAACUUUAAUCCAUCAACAGAUACUGCCAAGUUUAACCUCUAUGACCCACCACGAAGAAACACUGUUAAUGUUCCCGUUGGAGGUUGGUCUGUAAUACGUUUCAUUGCAGAUAAUCCAGGAGUUUGGUUAAUGCAUUGUCACUUAGAUUCACAUCUCACUUGGGGUUUUGGUAUGAGCUUCUUAGUCGAGAAUGGACCAGGAAAACUACAGUCGGUUCAAGCUCCGCCAUUAGACCUGCCUCAAUGUUGA